ACUGGCUAGCGUUGUUUUAAGAAUCUAAAAAUAUCCCGCGCAGUGCGCAUGCGCAGUAUCUUUGACGUGUUUUUAUUUUAACACACCAAAUAAUGUGUGAAAAUAAACUCUUCUCGUAUAUUUCAUAGGAUAAUUUUAUUCCUUCAAUACAUACACCUAUCAAACCAGUCAAAAUACCUACAUAAUUAACAAAACACGUUGGCAAUGAUGUCAAGAUACAAACAGCCUAAAAAACUGGAGACCAUAGCACUAAGCAGACUUGGAGAUUGGGUGGCACAACAAGCUGAAGAACAAAUGCUACCUAUUGCAAUGCUAUCGCAGCGCGACACUAACGAAGCACAAACAACACUAUCACGUAAUGUGGAUAGCAUUAGAUCGUACUUAGAUAUAAACGUACCUUGGAUGCUACACGAUCUAUUGGUAAAUGAAACUAUCAGAGCAUUGUCAGAACUCCUUGAGAAAACCAAACAGUCAUUAGGAUUUAGGGGUUGCAUGGGAAAGUUUGUCAGCCAAAUGAACGUAAUUAUUAAAAUGGCAGAAGUAUUAUUUACAAAAAAAUUAACAAUAGUAUCUAUUGAUGCCAUUCCAAAGAUAUUACGUUCAAUAUUUUAUUCUAAGUUAUACAUGCUAAAAGGACUCGUUUCUUUAAACCUAGGUUCACUAUCAGGAGGUUGGAAAACUGCAGAUAUGGAAGAUGCAGUAAUUAAAUCCUUAAAGGAACUACACUGCUUAAAAUAUUUAACUAUGAGUUAUGAUUGUACAAAUAAUAUACUACAAUGUAUCGUUGAAAAUUGUAAAUUCAUAGAAAAAUUGGACGUAUCUUGUUCAAAAUGUAUUACUAAUGAGAGCAUUGAAAUUGUGUCGAAGUUAAAAAAUUUGAGGAGCAUCCAAUUAUACAGAACUUUUGUAACUUUAGACGGCUUUGUAAAUCUACUGUUAAAUUGCAAAAAACUUGAAGAUAUUGGCAGAUGUGACGAUAUCGGGAAAGUUUUAGAGAAUAUUGACUCAAAUUACGCUGAAUUGUUGACAUUUAAUUUGAAAAUAUAUGUAAGUCGUUACGCGACAAGUAAUCAGUUGCAGUUAGCAGUACAAAUGUGUCCUUAUAUAAGAAGUAUGACCGUUUUCCAUAAUAGCUUGCAAAGUGAUUUAAUGGUUCUUAUAGGUUUAAGAGACCUUACAGAACUGAAAUUAUUAUCAUGUGACUUUUAUGCCGAUCAAAUAAAACAAGUUCUUCAAGUUAAGGGCUGCAAUAUAGUAAAUUUACACCUGGAGCAUGUUGACCAAAUUGAUUUAAAUGCUCUUAUGUACAUCAGUCAGAUGUGCCCAUUUUUAGAAAACUUGACUCUUUAUAAUUGCACGUUGAUACAACACACAUCACUGUAUACAAAAAAACUAGAAAUAUCACCAUUCCGUAAUCUUAAAAAAAUUACCUGUGUUUCUACAUGCACAGAAGAACAGUUACUGUUUAUUUUCACCAAUUGCUUGAAUAUACAAUUCAUUCAUUUAGGGACAGCAAUACAACUCACUGAUGACUUAUUGUUAAAAAUUCUAGACACAAAUCCACUCGUUUAUUUAAAAGAACUGCGAAUUAUGCAAUCAGAUUCUUUGACAAUGAUUUCUGUAGAGAGAAUUAUUCAAAGUUGCAUGAGUUUAGAGAUUUUAGUAGAAUUAGAGAGUUGGUCUUUGUUAACUGAUAAUGAUCGCGAAUACGUAAGAAACUAUAUAAAACUGAACAAUUAUAAUAUCGAUACUUCUCCCAUCAGGAGAUAUGAUUCGUAAAAAAGUAAUAAACAAGUACUUGAAAUCUUCGAAAGUAAAAAAAAAAAUGUGGAAUUGCUCACAAACACUACCUUAUUUGCGAUGCAAGGAUGCACGUAAUGGGGCACGAUAUAUUUUCAGCAAAGACCUAUACUUAUAAAAUAAGCAUUUUCUACUAUUACCAUAAACGCCGAAAUUUAAUAGCCACGAACCAUCACGAAUGCGAGACUUUGAGAAUUGACUAAAAGUAGACAAAGAGAUCCUGCUGAAGAAAUGGCGCUGGACUAGGAUGUUGUGAGACCAGAGUUACUAUCUGCCCAAGCGAGGUCUGGCGUGGCUUAAUGGGAAGAGACCCGUAGCACCAAGAGGCAUUGAGAAGAAAGCUGCCUCAUCUGGUUUACUGCUCAAGAUCGAAAGGAGUGCAAAGGCCUUCUGCGGGGCUAAGGCUAAGGGUAUACCCUUGAUGAGGGAUAACAUGAUGUCAUCAAUAACAAGACAUCCUUAACCGUCAACUGGACCUAUCCAAGAACCUAGCUGGGCUUCAAUGGGGCGAUCGAGUGUGCAAAGCAUUAAUUUUUGUUCCCUUCGUAGUUUUGUGAAAUCAGUCCGAUUUGUUUUUUUCCGACCGAUGCACUUAAGUAAGUUUUUUGAUGUUUUUAAGUCGUUUUUUUGUAAAUAUGUCGUAUCAUCGUUCUGAAAUAUAAACUAUCCAGGGAAAAAUAAAAAUGAACACUUGCACGGAAUGGCGCAAUUGUACUUAGCUAGCGGCCAAAGAGUACUAAAGUCCUAUACCAGCUAGCGACGCACGCUUGGCUCGUAUUUAUACGGUUAAUUGGUGCCGCAAGAGUGGCGAAGAGGAUAGACUAAAAUAGAGAAAAAAAAUAUGUAAAUUUUUAGUUAUUUAUUUCAUCAUAACUCUAAUUCAUUUUGUUCAAUAUUACAAGAAUUAUUUUGUUCUUGAAUUGUAGUUUCUAGUUCUUUAGGAACCAGGGCAAACAUGUACACUGGAUAUAUACCGUUAGGAAAGUUUGUUUGCUUACAUUGUUUGAUUCUCUUUAAAUUACACUUUUUAAAAAUUGAUAAA